UCAAGGUUCAUGACCUAAUCCUAACAUACCAUGUUGGCGCAAAGUAACCAUUACCAGAUUUACUCUGUAUAUAUCACCAUUCAUUUGGUAAACCUCAAAUUUCGUGCAGUGCUGAGAAAAUCCAGACCAAGUCACAGACACAGUCCUGCUCUGACUCGUGAGGUAGCUAUAUACCUGAGUCACCGACGUUCGGCAAUUGAAGUUGUUUCUCUGUUGGAGCUGGCCACAGACUAUCUAAACGAAACCAUGGAACAGAAAUCUGAAGUCAACAUUCGACCCGAGGACAAGAAAAUCGAAAAGAUUAGGUCCCAGCCUCGUUUCCGUGUCGCGCUGGGAUUGGCUGUCGCCUUGCUGCUUGUGACUUGCGCGGUGGCGGCUGGUGGACUGAUGACGUAUUUCCUGGGAAGAAACGGAAAUAAACGGUUCACUAUAAAGACCUCUGUGAAUGGCCAGACCUUUACAGAGGAGGUGGAAGUGGACCGAGAGAACGGCAUGGUGAGGUACCGUGAUGACGUCAACACUGGAGACGGAGAGAUCAUACAAGCCAAAGAGGGACUGACAGUACUCUACCAGCGAGGUAGCUGUCACAUUUUGACGGACAGAAAGGACAACCGCACGAGGGAUCUGGACUUUGACAUUGACGCAGCGGAGGUUGCCAUGAAGUCCUUAGCUGAUGCCAGUGACGUGCCAAGUUUUGACAUUGACCAGAUCGUCCUCCUAAACCGGUCCGUUUCGGUUAGUGUUGAAGAUGACGUCAUCUGGCGAUCGCGGUUGCCACCUGUGUGUCAUGACGUCACUUUGUAUUGGGUCCAAGAUGUGGACGCUCGAGAUUAUUGGAGACAUGAGACGGAUUCUGCAGAAAGUACGGAAACAUCCCAUGGGAGCCGUGAUAGGCGACUUAUUGGACGUAUUGAAGAUAUUGGGACUAUUGAACUUAUUCAUCCACCUCCAAUUAUCAUACCGAUUGUCAGUUAUGUAGGACGAUGUCGUCGUCAUGGUACCGGAUGCGUAUGUGCCUUUCAAUGCCUUUUCUGCGGAUGUUAUAAAAUAAGUAUCGUGAGCUGGUAGAGUUAACGCGUGAGUGUUUCACGUUUUGUUCAAUCAUUUUCGAAACCUUAAUUACAUCCUAACUGAGAUAAGUAACUGUUUUGAAUUAUUUCUUACCUUUGUCUGGCAUUCUAAAUAUUUUCUAUUGUAUUUCAACGUGUUAUAAACAUUUCUACUGUUGAAUACAUUAUUUGUGUGUAAUAUGUAUCAAUGGAACACUGUACACAGCUAAUUUGAUGGCUGCAAUAACACACAUCUACCAUUUGGAAAAUGAUGCCCAUUGUUAGAAUAUGUUAUAAGAGUUCAAAAAGCACACAUAUGUUUGAACAUUUUUCUAGCUAAUGAGUUAUUUGUACAGUUAUUUUUUCAAUGUUUCCAACAUACAAUUAUAAGUUUAAACAUGUUCAAACCGUCAUUCUAAAUUGUUUAAAAAAUGUAUUGUGAAUGAAAUGCUUUUGUAAUGGUAAAAGUUCACACUUGUUACAAAUACCAUUUUAAAACCCUCUUGGAGACCUGGAAUGGACUCUAGUAGCAGUACACGGCAACCAAUGAAGUUUAAUGUAUAUGUUUGAAAGACCACUUCCUUCUUUCAUGUUGGGAAGUAUUGAUUUAUGUCAGUCUAGUAUCCGCAGGCUCUAAAGUUAGAAUGUAUAAUAUAACUGGAGGAGUACGCCAUGAUAAGAUGUUGUAUUUGCUGUGAUAAAUGCCCUCAACUAUCAUUAAGACAGGCCUAGUUUCUUGGGGAAAAAAUAAAUAAAUAAAAGAGUUAUGAAUUUC